AUGGACGUGGUGCAGGUGCUCGCCUCGGCGACACAGCUGGUCUCGGCGAUGGUGUCCGCGGUCGGGGCACUGGAGCAGGCGGCGUCCGACCUCGCGGAGGCUCCGAGGAGGCUGCAGGUGCUGGAGGACUUCGUGUCCGACCUCGACGCGCUGACGGAGCAGUCGAGGCAGCGGCACGCGCACAAGCUGCACGGCCCGCAGCUGGACCGCCAGUUCCAGAGCCUGGGCAGGCUCAUGGACCAGCUGCGCGGGAACGUCGCCAAGGCCAGGAAGGUCCUGAGCGGCGGCAAGGGCAAAGGGAAGGGGUUCGCCAGGCUGGUGCGGAGCUCCGUGACGGGUGACCCGCUCAUGAGGUACGUCAGGCUGAUCAGGGACGACCUCAACCAGUGGCUGGAGCUGCAGGAGCUGACCCAGAGCGUCGGCAAGGUCAUAGCGUCGACCGCCAGGAGCACGCCGGCGCUGGUGAGGGUUAAGUCGGAGCAUGGAUACCCGGUGUCGAAGAAAUGCAGCUAUGUCAGGGAGCUGUUGGAGAGGGAUGGGGCUCAUCGAGUCGUCCUCAUAGUCGGUCUCUCUGGUAUUGGGAAGUCAUGCCUUGCACGGCAGAUUGCUUCUGAUCCGCCUUUUUGUUUUGUGAAUGGUGCGAUUGAGAUUGGUUUUGGGCGGUGGUGCAGCAGGGCAGCGUGUAAUGGGAGCAGAAGCGAAUACCAUAAGCGCCUUGCUAGGAAGAUCUGCACGUUCCUUGUGCAGAUCGGCUCCAUGACUGUUAAGGAGGAGGUUGGAAAAGAUCUUGAUGAUGUGUGUUGCUUGCUCCAGACAGCAUUGGUCGGAAGGAGCAUGCUGAUCCUACUUGAUGAUGUUUGGGAGCAAGACAUUGUUGAUCGCUUCACGAGACUAUAUGAUAAUGAUUGCCGGUAUCUCGUGACAACAAGGGAUGAAGCUAUCUACGAGAUAGCAGAAGCUGAAAAGGUAGAAAUAUCCAAAGAUGACAUCAAGGAGAUCAGCAGGGAAAUUCUUCUCUAUCACAGCCUUCUCAGUGUUGGAGAGCUUCCGCCUGCUGCAGAAGUCUUACUGGAUCGUUGUGGUCACCAUCCCCUUACGGUUGCUGUCAUGGGCAAGGCUCUCAGGAAGGAGACCAGAGUGGAAAAAUGGGAGAAAGCCAUAUCGAACCUCUCAACAUAUGCCACUUGUGCACCUGGUCCAGUUUCAUACGUCAAUGAGAAAGACGUGGAGACUACGUUGACCAUAUUUGGAUCUUUUGAGUUCAGCUUAGAAGCAAUGCCAGAAAAUUCAAGAAGUUUUUUCAUGGCUCUUGCAGCUAUCUCUUGGGAAGAACCUGUUCCAGAGGCUUGUCUGGAAUCCAUUUGGUCAGCGCUUGAGCAGGGCGGCCUGUUCUCUCUCGUGGUUUCAAAAUUAGUAGAAGGAUCACUCAUUAUCAAACUGGAGGACCAACCGUUGUAUCAUAUGCAUGACAUGGUUUCACUUUACCUGGAGAACAAAACAAAUGAUGUUGUUCAUGCUCUUUUAUCUGAAUCAAUUUCUUAUUAUGCGGCAUUAGUGUCUCCUUGGCUUUUUGUUUUUGGCAAAGAGUGUAUGAAAAGGCCAGCCGAACAGAAGAUGGGAUCAUUCUUUUCUCUGCUAGAAUUCACGGAGAUCGAGAUUUUAUUGGUAAACACAACUCAAGCUCUCAUGGCAUGCAGAUCCCUAUCUGAAUUUGAGGCAAGCAGACUUGGGUUCAGCAAAAUACUUGGCCCUCGAAUAGCAGAGAUAAUUGCAGUAGGGUCACCAGAUCUUAUUUUUGCAGUCACUACGGCAAUUACAGUUAUAUUUUUCCAAGCAGACUACAUAAAUCUUGCUCAGUCUCUUGAAACAGCAGGUUCCAUAGAUAAAUUAAUUGAUCUUCUUGGUGCCUGCGAAGAUACUUCAACUCUAGCCAACUUGUCUUCUGUUCUGGCCAAGAUAUCUGAGCACGUUGAUGCCACAAUUGCUGAUGAAAUUUUGUCAAGAAUUCCCAUGGAUCGAAUCGCAGAUCUCUUGUCUGUAGAAAAUGAGCAGUGGCAUGAAAUUGUGUUUACAACACUUGCAUCUCUGACAAAGGUUGGAAAAUUGAAGGCUGUUGAGACCAUGAUUGAAUCUGGAAUUGACAAGAAACUUCUUGUGCUUCUGGGCAGUGGUUCUGAGAUCUCACAGCACCACGCGAUUAUCACGCUAAAAACAUUCUGUGAACUUGGUGCUCCACUCCAAGGGUGCAUGGGGCCUGCAGUGCUGCUUCAUUUGCCCUGGCAUGCUCGGAUCAGUUUGGAAAGAUUUGUUUUAUUUGACAAAAAUGUAUCUCAAUCACCAAAGCCUCAACAAUCAUUUGAGGUGAUUCUUCAUAAGAUCCUUCAAAGAGACAACAAAGAUAUCAUUGAAGCCAUCCAAGGUUUGUUAUCUCUUGCUGAGAGGGCAAAUGAUACAAGGGUGCAAGAUCUCCUUUUGGGAAGCAAUCUGUUUGAUAGGUUGGCUUUGCUGCUACAACGCAGAGAGGUCGAAAACAACCAAGUGAGGUCUCAGACCGCCUUUUUGGUGAUGAAAUUGGCCUGCACAGGAGGAGAGCCAUACGUCCAUAGGUUCCUGGAGCUUAAUAUUGUUCACGAGCUCAUUGACAUGCUGCAGUGCAACAUCGACGAGCUCCAGGAUUCAGCAUACUACGCUCUCCAUCAGAUCGUCUUUGCAAAGGGUGGAUCCCUUGUCUUGCAAAGAUUUCUGCAACUAGGAACCAUAGAAAAACUGGUGAACUUGCUGGACCGCAAGUCUUUGAAGACCAAGGAUCUAGCCAUGCAAUUCCUGGUGGACAUUGCGGAGGUUGGAACCAAGCCCUGCAUCGAGAGAAUGCUCGCUUCUCAAGUCGUCGAGAAGCUUGUGGCCCUUGAGAAAGCUGGCGAUCCCUUUGGCGGUGCAGUGUCAAGGUACAUCCAGGGACUCAACAGGUGCAAGAAGCUCCAGACUGCUGAGAGAGCCGUGAUGAAGCAACAUAUUCUGAGGAAGGUGCGAUCGGCAGUGAGAGGUCAUAAGCUGGAGGCCAGCCUAGUUGCUUCUGUGGAGGCCUCCAUCGCUGAAGGCUCCAAAGGAGCUAGUAGUAGUAGUAGGAAAAAGAAAUAA